AUGGUCUCUGUGGCAGACAAAAACAUUACACGACGCGAAGCACGCGCAAUUGGACACAUUCUGUUGCCAACCGAAACGUAUCAGCUUUUGGAAAAGAACGAGCUACAUACUGCCAAGGGCAACGUACUGGGUGUAGCGCAAAUUGCCGGGAUACAAGCUGCCAAGUCCACCAGCCAACUGAUACCACUAUGCCAUCCCCUAUUACUGGACAAGAUUGAUGUCCAACUGCGCCUCGCUCACGAUAGAGUUGAAUGUGAAUCCAUUGUUCGGUGUCAAGGCAAAACGGGCGUUGAAAUGGAGGCGUUGACGGCGACAAGUGUGGCGUUGCUUACAGUCUACGACAUGUGUAAAGCUUCUUCCAAAAAAAUGGUCAUUGAGGGCAUCCGUGUCGUGGAAAAAUCUGGAGGCAAAAGCGGAUCGUGGCAGUGGCAGCAGUAG